CCGCCUACUGCAGUCGCAACGUUUCCACCGGUCGCGUGCAAGUGUGGUCCAUUCGUGAACAAAGUGUCGAUCGUUUUCGUGAUCUAUAUGUAAUAACAUUAUCACUCUCGUUUAAUACAGUUUUUUUUUCACCGUCUGUUACGUUAUUCACGUUCGUCUGUCGCAGAAAAAAAAUUUUCAAUGGACGAAUUCAACGAGGAUAUUCACAAAUUAUUCAAAGGAUAAUCAAUUUUGAAGGAUUAUAUUUAACUGAAAUAGAACAUGUGGUUUUUCCUGUUAUUCAUUUCAUCAUUUUACAUUUGGACAUGUAACGGAUUGACCGUAAAAGCAGUGGUGCCUCGGUACAAGGUCCGCGGGGAGACGGCCUUGCUCCGGUGCGACUACGAGCUGGAAGGUGCUUUCCUGUACGCCGUCAAAUGGUACCGUGAAAACGAAGAGUUUUACCGGUUUGUGCCCAAAACGAACCCUCAGAAGACGUCUUAUGCGGUGGAUGGGAUUAAAGUCGACCACACGCAGUCCAAUAGCCGACAGUUAGUGUUGAGAGACAUAACGCUGAAAACCACAGCUAAUUACCGGUGCGAAGUUUCUGCAGAAGCGCCGUCGUUUGCUUCCGCACAAGAUGGUGGCCGAAUGGAAGUUAUAUACUUGCCUAAAGACGGACCGUACAUUACUGGUGAUAAGUCAGUUUACCAGUUUGGUGACACGAUCAAUUUGAACUGUUCUUCAGCCAAGUCUUAUCCAGCAUCCAGUCUUCAUUGGUUCAUAAAUAACAUUUCGGCGAGAGAAGAAUCUUUGAAGAGAUUUCCAGCACAAAAACAUCCUCGAGGACUUGUGACGACAACUUUGGGGUUGCAUUUACCUUUAGACGCGGAAACCGUGUUGAACGGUGCAGUGAGGGUUAGGUGUGUGGCGGUACUAUCACCCGUAUUAUGGAGUAGUGACAACGAGAAAGUGCUGCCCAGACAAGAUAAAAGAGAAGCACUCCUGCUCGUUACAGGAUCUUCCAGCGAAUGUAAUUCCAGCAAAGUCAUCGUGUUCCUAUUUUUAUUAUUCAUACAUGUGUUUUUUUAAAAUGAAAAAAGAAAACAAAUUAUUAAUAAAUAAAUAAAAAAUAUCAUAUCAAAUAUAAUUUUAUUCUAAUAUUUUAAUUUUUUGAAAAAUGUAUUUUAUUUGUAAAUUUGAUUGUAUUAGAUAUAGUUAAUCCCUAUAUAAAUAAACAUGUACUACUUGUGUUAAAUAUAAAUAAUGUGUUUUAAAUUACUUAAUAUCCUCACUUCGGAUCGUUUCUCGCAUUUUAUAAGACUAGUGAGAAUAACAAUUAUUUAAAAUUUCUAUUAGAUAGAUAUAAUAACUUGCAGGCAAGUAGCUAUCAUUUUUCUAAGUGGAUGUUAUAAUAAUAUCAACCCUAAUAGACAAAAUAAAAUAUUAUACUAUCUAUAUGUUGGUCAACCUCAGCUAAUAUUUAUAUUUUAUAAAUUAAUUUGUAUUCAAUAAUGACUAUAUUUUAAUACAAUAUGUUUUCAAAAUAUCUGUAAUAGAUGACACAGUCGAUGAGAGAUGAUUAAAUUAAAUUUAUAACACUACCUCUCCCAUAAUUAUAACUAAAAAAAAAAAAUAAGAAACUAUCAUUCAAAGUAUGUUCAAUGCUGGCUACAAUUCAUAGACAUAAUUUACAUUGCAACAAUUUAUUGGUACGUGAAAUAAUUAAUAAGUCACAUUUUCUAAAACAAAUAUAAUUUUAAAAAUAUAUGAAUAUGACACGUUAAAAAAUAAACAAAUUUCUAUACAAUUUACCAAUUUAAAACUUGCUGAUAAUCGUUAUCACACAUUUUGUAAAUGUUUCAAAAACUUAUUAGAUUUUCAUUUACAUUGAAUUUAUGGUGACCAAUAACAAAUAUUGAAAACAUUGAUAUUGUUUCAACAAACAAGAAUGUUUCCAUUAAUUUAAUGACAUACGACACAUCAAUCAUACAUCCAUAUUAUAAUUUUAUUUUGUGCAUAAUUUACAUAAUCAUAUAUCACAUUAUGUAAACUUUCAUUUUUCAUAAGUAACAUAGGUUAUAAAAUACCUAAUUAUUAAAAUAAAGUUAACAAUCAAACGGUUUUCAAAUACAGCCAAAACUAAUAAAUUCCAUAAGUGUAUUACUGUUUUAGAUUAUUAUUGUCAUUAAUACUAUUUUAAUUUAAUAUGUGCCUAUAUUGUAUAAUACCAUAAGGAGUCAUGAAAUCAACUGCUUCAAGAAUUUAUGUGAAAUUAAAAAAGUUUGUAAUGAAAUAAAUACCUAUAAUGACUUAUAUCUAUAUAAUAAACUAAUAUAUGCCAUAUUAUACUUAUUGACGAUAGUUAGCCAUAUAAAAACUAAAUUAUAAUAUAUUGAAAAAAAAUGUGUAAUUUUCAUUAUUGAGUAGUUAAUUAAAUACUAUAAUUAAACAGAGAAAUAUGGACAAAGAAAGACUUACAGAAAAAUAUAAAACUGUAUAUAUGGUUAUUUAUAAGGACUUAAAAAAUCUUACAAAAAUAUGUACGGUUAGAUACGGAUGUACAGACAUAUUAUUAUUGUGAUGACAUUACGAUUUCCUAGUAAGAUUUUUAUCAGUCGAUCAAAUAAAGAAAUUUUAUCACAUCCACGUGAAUAAAAUGUAUUAAUAGUAACUGGUAUUUGUAUUAUAUGUUAUUUGUAUCCAAUUAUUGUUAUUAUAUGUAUAA